CAACGCUAUAUAUCAUUUCUCUUAUGAUGCCCGAUAAUAAGAAAAUUGUUUUAAGAAUACGUUCUCCGGAAGGGACAAAACGAUUAAUUUUUGAAGCCAAUGAAAAAACUAUAAAUUUAAUAAAUCAAGUUAAAGCAGAAUUUAAUCUCUUAAAUAAUGAGGAAUUUCAUCUCUAUUUAGACCAGAACAGAAGUCAUGAAAUAAGUACACGCUCAAGAUCAACCUUAAAUACUUAUAAACUUAACAAUGGAGAUAUGUUGUUUAUUGAUAUUAAAAAUAAAGUACCACCUAUACAAGAUAACAAAAUUGAUGAUGUUCAUGCACUUCAAAAUAGAGAAGAAACACCUAAAAUAGAGAAAAAGGAGCAAGUUGCAAAUAAGUACAAAGAUAGGAAAGAAGAUGAGAUUGAUCUUAGAUUAUGGGUGAUGGAUGGAAAAAUCAAAAGAAAACCUGAUCCAAAAUAUUGCCAUCAUCCAAAGAAUAGCAAAUGUGUACAUUGCACUCAAUUGGAGCCUUACGACGAAAACUAUAUGAAGAAUCAUAUUCCUCCUAUUAAAUAUAUGUCGUUUCAUUCUUAUCUACGUAAAUUGAUGGCAGGAGACAAGAACAAAAGUUUGAUUCUUGAACCUAUAGCUUGCAAAAUAAAACCUGGUUGCAAAGAACACAAACCUUGGCCUAAGGGGAUAUGCACCAAGUGCCAACCCAAUGCUAUAACCUUAACUGGACAACCCUAUCGCCAUGUGGACAACAUAGUCUUUGAGAAUAGCUCCCUUGUGGAACGUUUUCUGGAUUUCUGGCGUCGAACGGGAUUACAGAGAUCAGCUAUUUGUUAUGGGUACUACACAACUACAAACGGUAAUUCUGCUGACAACCACGACUAUAGUCUUAAUGAAAAAAAAUCUAACGAUAAUAUUUAUUCGAAUAUACCGCCGCCACUUUCUAUACAAGCUAUCGUCUGCGCCCUUUAUGAACCUCCGCAAGAGAGUGCCAGAGAUCACAUCGAGUUCAUUCACGAUAGCGAAAACAUGGUUGACGAUUCCUUUAAUAACGACGAAACAAAGGCCGAUUACGUGGCCGAAAAAUUGGGAUUGCGUAAAGUAGGUUGGAUAUUCACAGAUCUUAUAGCAAAACGUAAAAUGCGUAAGGACAAAAGCGAAGGAGAAGAGGGGAAAGUUUCCUGUUUGAGGAAUAAAGAUACAUACUUUUUGAGCGCUAGCGAAUGCGUGAUAGCUGCGUCUAACCAAAAUUUGAACCCGAAUAUAUGUAGACUUUCAACCAAUAACGUUUAUGGGUCCAAAUUCUUUACCGUGAUAGUAACAGGAGAUGAAAAUGAAUCUAUUCAUUUUGAAGGUUACCAGGUGAGCGAACAGUGUUGUGCUUUGGUAAGGGAUGGCUGCUUGCUGCCGACCAAAGAGUGUCCGGAAUUGGCAUUUGUCAAGCCUUCCACUAACAUUCAAUACGUGCCUGACGUAUUCUACAAGACCAAGGAUGAAUACGGUAAUGAAGUAACCCAACAAGCUGGCACUUUUCCCGUCGAAUUUGCUAUAAUUAACGUUCCAGCCUCUCAUCCUCUUCAACCUGUCUAUACUUUCAAUUCUGACCACAAUAUUCCACCUUUUCCUUUGGAAAAUAGGAUUAAAUAUACGGAUGAUAAUCAAACAUUCUAUUCGUUCGCGCACCAUGUCAAGCCUUACUUGAACGACAAAACGAAGCUCAUGAAAAGCCUAAACGAUUUUCAUUUACUCAUAUUUUUGGCUAAUAUGGAUAUUUUGCCCAUGAGAAAUGAUAUGGAUAAACUGUUAUUAGCGCUUAAAAACAAAGAUCUAGCUAUGUUUGAAGAGUGGUGCAAUUUGGAUAAUUGGCUAACCCUUCAAAAAUUGAUUGAAAUGGAAGGGCCAACCUUACAAUUGCCUUCCCAUCCGUCCACUAGUAAUACAAAUCAUCCAAAUCUUACUAGAGUAGCACAACCAUUCAGCGAAAAUUUUCUAUUUCAUUCUCACAAUAAAGCUUCACCCAUUCCUGCUAAUUCUCAAUCCACCAACAUAAACAAUACAACAUCCUUGGCUCAGAAUAUUCCUCCAAAUUUAAAAGGUAAUAACAGCAAUACCCAUAAAAAAUGGACCUGCAAUCAUUGUACUUUCGUUAAUGAACGCUUGAGUAGAGAUGCUUGCGAAGUUUGUGGAUUGCCGGCUGAUUGAAAAAUUGCAUAAAUAUUUAAUGAUGUUGACAAUUUUAUUAUAAUUUUGUCUAUUCAUCACCCCUUGGCGUUUAUCAUCAUUACUAAUAUAUCAUAUUUUUUUUUAUACUUAUUUGAAAGUCGAAAUUAGCCUACAUUAAUAAUUACAGGUUUUAUCAAAUUAAUGAUAGUGAUUGAAUACUGGAAAAUUUUUAUUAUGUUAUUUGGUGGCAACACUUCACCUGAUUAACUUUUUUGAUUAAAAUUUAUCGAUUUUAUUUUAUCAAGGCCUUUCCCAUAUUUUUUUAUUCCUACUAAUUAUUUAUUUCAUUCUACACAAUUUAUUCCCGAUUGUUAUAAAUU